AUGAACGAUGACAUACAGCCUUUACACGUUUUCGACCUUCCUCAGUUGUAUACAAAGCCCUCUGCGGAGAAGUUACUUGCGGCUCUGAGGGAUUUGGCCGUCCUGCCUCGUACGUUUGACAGUGACGAAAACCAAGCUCCAAAGCUAUCUCCGGUUUAUGGUGGAUGUGUUGCACAAUACCUCACAGGCAUCAUUUCCAGUGCAUUGUCAUGGAUUGAUACCGACGAAUUGCGGGAAGCUAUUUGGGAUGCUGCCAGUGCUAGACUGUGUGAACGCUCUGGCAGAACUGCCAUGCCGUCCUUAUCUAGGGUCUUCCGAAUCCCGGUUGCAGAUAAUAUAUAUAUCCCUAUAACGCUACAUGAGCCGUCUUUGACCUCUGACAACUUAGGAAUGAAAACGUGGGUCUCUUCCUAUCUUCUGGCACGGCGUCUUCAUACAUUUAGGCUGCCUCAACCCAGUUUGCUUCCUCUUGGACAUGACAAGCAGCUUCUUCGAGUCCUCGAGUUAGGUGCUGGAACGGGUCUUGUUGGCCUUUCCUUUGCUUCCCUGUGGGGCGCCAAUUCCACUGUUCAUCUUACUGAUUUACCUGAAAUUGUGCCAAAUCUAUCCCAUAAUGUGUCCAUGAAUAAGGACAUUAUGUUAUCGACAGGUGCCUCUGUCACAACAGGUGUAUUGGAUUGGUCAUUAAAAAAGGGAAUGGACAUAGGAAACCAGGAAAAGUAUCAAGUCAUACUGGCUGCUGACCCACUGUAUUCAUCUGAGCAUCCUCGAUGGUUGACGCAAACUAUUCAGCGAUGGCUUAGCACCGAUAAAGGCGCGAGAGUUGUACUUGAAAUGCCUCUAAGAAAUGCUUACAUUUCGCAAGUCAACGAGCUUAAAAAACGGAUGGGUAACAUUGGCUUGAAAGUCUUGGAAGCUGGAGAGGAGAUUGGUCACGACGACUGGGAGAUGAAAGACGGCUCGCCCCUUGAAGUUAAUUGCUGGUGGUCGGUGUGGAUGUGGGAUGACGAAAAACUAUGUGGAGGCUGA